AUGUUCUGGUUCCACGUUACAAUUCUGGCACUGUGCUCCCUGCAGUUCGUGUCUGCUCAAUUCCCGUUCUUUGGUAACAUGUUUGGGCAUCACCAGCAGCAACAGCAACAGCAACCUUCUGGAUCGCAGUGGCUGGCUUUCGCGGAUGGGACGCCAUGCUCCAACUACUUGUGCCCAGACACUCUGAAGUGUGUCGCCGCGCCCGCGGAUUGUCCCUGUCCAUCGGUGGAGGAUGUGAAGUGCGUGAUCGAAGAUAAAGAAACUGGCGAGGGGACGGUGCUCUGCACGCGGGGUGUUCUCUGUGUGAUCAACUCCAUCAUCGCACUUUCACCAUCACGCGUUCUGGAGGAAAUAUGUUUCCCGGUGGAAUGA